UGGCUACCAAGGCAAAGCUGGUUCCUUAGUCUGAGGAGGACUAAAUUCCAUAGUGAGAUACAUUAGGCCUACGUGAUUUAUUAAUUGUUCCAAACUUGUACAUCUGUUGGGCCCCCUACUACGUUAAUAUUAUAUACUCGAAACUUAUACACAAUGUCACAGAAUUAUUACAAAUCAUUAUUGUCAUAGACGAGCGAGGGCGCGAUUUCAAAGUGUAGCCCUUAAUUAUGACAUGAUUGGAGGACAACACAGUAGAGUAAUACAUACUAAAAUAGUAUAGACACUAACUCAAAGAGAGCUGUCUCAGUUGAACAGUAGUUAGAAAUGUGAAAUACUUACUAGGUAGCCUAUCAAAACCUAUAGAAUAAUAUAGUUGGGAACCUUAGCCUAGUGUAGAUACUUCGGUAAGUCAAGGGAGACUACUACUUUUUGUGUAUGGGAUUUCGCAAUCGGCGCCAAAAAAUCCGAGUUUUUAAUUUUCCGAUGUGUGUGUCUAUUUAUUAUUAAAUUAGUAUUUUCGAUAUAUAUUUGAGUUCCGUUUUCGGCCUUAUAAUUAGGUAGACAUCUUGGCCUACAUUUUAAUCAAUUUCUUUUUCAUUUACAAUCAGUCAGCUUUGAGAAAAUCCUUGGUAAAUAUAAGGCAACUUUCAUCAUUAAAAUUAAGUCGAAGGAAAAAAUUUGUCACUACCAAAUUUUUUUUGCAUCUGGGGAAUCUAUUGAUCUACAUGUAUGCCAAUUUUCACAGCGAUAAGUGUCUUACGAGAGACGCUAUGUUUCUACGCGUUCGCAGCAGGUCAUGCAGCUCGCUCAACCUAAUUUCGCCAUGGGGUGGGCCACGCCCCCUUUGUAAUGGCGGAAGUUGCCGAUACUUAGGAAAUAUUAAUUUAUUACCACUAUCUACGUCAAAAUAAUUGAUAACUUGUGUUUCAGAAUGCAUUUUGAAGACAUUUAAACUGGAAUGUUUUAAUUUGAGCUUUAACAACCCGGUAGAUUCCAUAUUAUAAAUGAUCAGAAUUUACCGUGUGCAACACGUUGUCAUUGGCAACCAUUCACAGCCACUUGCAUAAUGGCUGUAUCGUAGUACUACCUCAGAGUUUCAUUCAUAAGAGUUUGCCGUGUGCAAAAACUACUAUACCAUUGGUCAGGGAAAGCUUUAAUUAAUUAUUCAUGUGCCAAAGUUGAAAGUUUAAACUAAGUCGACCCUAAACAGUAUUUUAGUGAUAAGGCGAUGCGUUGCCUUAUAUUAUUACCACUAUCUACAUCAAAAUAAUUGAUAACUUGUGUUUCAGAAUGCAUUUUGAAGACAUUUAAACUGGAAUGUUUUAAUUUGAGCUUUAACAACCCGGUAGAAUCCAUAUUAUAAAUGAUCAAAAUUUACCGUGUGCAACACGUUGUCAUUGGCAACCAUUCACAGCCACUUGCAUAACGGCUGUAUCGUAGUACUACCUCAGAGUUUCAUUCAUAAGAGUUUGCCGUGUGCAAAAACUACUAUACCAUUGGUCAGGGAAAGCUUUAAUUAAUUAUUCAUGUGCCAAAGUUGAAAGUUUAAACUAAGUCGACCCUAAACAGUAUUUUAGUGAUAAGGCGAUGCGUUGCCUUAUAUAAAGUAUAUAGUCAUUGCGCAUGACGCGAUCAGCGGAAUGAGGUCACAAGAUGUGGAGGUUUCGUCCAUAGUAAAAAAUACCAAACGAACUCACACUUUAAAAAUUCAUAGCUCAAAAAGUACUUAAGCUAAAAAGUUGAUUCUGGUUUCAUUUUUUUAUUUGAAAUUAGCUCUAACUAACUGUGCUAUUAAAAAAAUUAUUUGAAUUUUUUAAAAUUUUGUAUCCAAGCCUAGGCCUAGAAGGAAAAAAACAAGGUGGUUGGUUGAAAAGAGGGGGGUGGGGGGUGUAUAGCCCCUGCUGGAACAUUAGUGUUUAUAUUAUUGCUUUUUUAACAAAAAUAAAAUUAUUUGCAGUGUAUGUUUGUCAUUUCUUGAAACUAUAGCAUUUUUGUGUGUUUAAACUAGAAGUUGGAAAAAUUGAGUACAGCUGAUAUAAAUGACACAACUAAAAGAAAAAAUAAUCCAAAUUAGCAUCGCAAUAAUAUAUGUAUACCAAUGUUCCCUCUAAGGUUUGUUGGUUUGUGUGAAAAAUCAUAAAGUUGUGCGCAAAUUUUUACAGCUUCAAUUUUUUUGUGCGCAAAAUUUUACAGCCUACAGACACAAACACACACUUAAGUGGAAAUUAUCUGCGUGGUACUCAAAACUGCUGCACGGCGCCUGUGAGAUUACUGCGCAGCCGCGCAGCUUAAAGGGAACAUUGAUGUAUACUGUAAUACUUAUUUAGAAAUUUCUUUUAAAAUGAAGUAUUUUUUACAGACAUACUGAACUGCUGGAUUGUUUUAACAAAAAUAACUUAAUAGGUAACGGUGAGUGACCUAUUGAAAAUUGGAAUAGAUAACUUUAAGACAUAGAUCACAAGCCAGCCUGAUUGAAAGAUUCUUAUAAUCACUGUAGGCCUAAUUAAUGUGUAUUACUUCAAAUCAAAUGGGAAUAAACUGACGACAUGGUUUAGUUGAAGGCAUAAAAUAAACUGACAUGGUUAAAUUGAGGGCCUAAAAUAAACUGUCAACAUGGUUAAAUUUAAGGCAUAAAAUAAACUGACAUGGUUAAAUUGAGGGCCUAAAAUAAACUGUCAACAUGGUUAAAUUGAAGGCCUAAAAUAAAAUGUCAACAUGGUCAUGGUUAAAUUGAAAUUCUGAAAUAAAUCAAUAACAUUUUUUAAACUCUCUUUACCAGGUCACAGUGGAGAUCAAGUGGAAGUGAUCUGCAAUGCGUCUUACUCGUACAUUCCUUCAAAGUCUCAGUGUAGAUUCCAGCAUGGCCUACGAGUUGUAUGAUAUGGACGACAGUCCAAAAGCACUUAAUCCUCAAGUUAUUCGAGGUAUUAGGUUUGCACUGAUGUGCUUUCUUGCCAUUGUUCUGGUAAGGCUUAAAGCUUGCUUCUUUAGUUAUUUUACAUUCUUUCCCUCGGGAAAUAGAUUAGAUAUUGAAUUAACUGACCUUUAUCUUUUAUAAUAUGGGGUACAAUAUAAUGUUUUUAAACCAGCAAAGCAAAAAAAUAGAUGUUACAUUUGUAUUAAGUUGACGUUUAACACCAAUGCUUCUAUUUUGUGUGUUAAAUUUAAUGCAGUAAAUAUGAUGAUGAUGAUGCAUCUUUUAUUCUUUGAAAAGUACCAAUAUUUUUAUAAUCUCAUCUAAAUACAAAAUUUUUCCUCAACAGUUUUUUAAAUUAAUUUUUUGGGGUUAGUUUAUGCAAUGAAAAUUCUACACAUUGCUUGAAACAGUAUUAAUGAUGGAAAUUUUAAUCAGACAUUUUUAGUCUAAUCUUAAAAAAAGAAUGAUAAUUUUUUUAAGGUUGGUGCCAUAAGUAUUCUUGGAAUAGGGAUAUGGACUUUGGAAGCAGAGUAUGGUAACAAGCAGGUUUCAGAACUGAUCAAUGCCCAGAUCUACAAGGUGGACUCCUACUUGAUGAUCAUAGGUGGCAGUGCCAUCAUAGCCAUCACUAUCAUUGGCAUCCUGGGGGUGCUCAAAGAAUACAGAUGCUUGCUGGGAUUGGUAAUUGUUUUUAUGUUACCCACAAGUCAUAUAAAUGUUGAUUUUUAUUUCUUUAGUGUAGUUUCAUGAAUAUUUAACUCAUUCCUGACUUCAGUGCUAUUUCCUUACUUAAUUCCUUACUUAAUUUGUAUUCCUGAACAAUGUGAAAUAACACUGUUUUGCCAUUUUUUUAUUUUUAGCUGCUAAAUAUUAACUAAUAUUAAAAAAUUAAUGAUAAAUGCAUCCCAAAACAAAAUGAAGUAGGUUUAAUAAAAAAAAUAUAACAUUAACAGCGAACAAAUAACAAACAAUUACCAAUAUAUUGAUUUUUGUCACCUCAGAUGAACACAUGCUACAUAAUGAUGCACCUUACUAAAGCAUACAUAGAUUAAUAGUGAGACAAGAUAAAAACUUCCCUUUUUUAAAAUUGAAAUAUUGAAUCAUGCCAUCACCGGAGGUCUUGGUUGCUGUUUUAAAAUUAAAAUGAUUGAGGUGUGUCACUGUGCACCAGAAUGCAUUUGGACACAUCUGUCACAACUCCCUGGGAAAUCUUAUAGCUGCAACCAUUGGGAAUGAGUUAAGCUGUUAUCUGAAUAUUAUUUUUUAUGCCAACUAAAUAAAACCUUUGUUAUUUCAGCACCUGGGCCUGCUUGCCUUCAUGUCUGUCAUGUUGUUUGUUGCAGGAGUCUUGGGCUACGUCCUAGUCAGUGAGGUAAGUAUUAGUUGUCAAUGCCAGAACAUACAAAUUACUUUUUAAUUAUUUAGUUAAAUUAGAGGCAUUGAUUGGCUUGACUAGAGUUAUUUGCAUAUUUUUAAAUAUACUUAUCUAUAUAAAUAUAUAUUUUUUUUUUAAAUUAAAAAUUUAUUUUUGCAUUUAAAAACACAAGUAAAGAAAAUAAUGAACUUAUUUUUCUUGAAAUUUAAUCUUCAGUUGGAAGAUAAAGUAAGGGAAAAAAUGGAGCACGCUGUUAUAAAUAAUUAUGGUAUUGACAGUGUUAAAAGCACCAGCAACCAAAUCAUAACAAAUGCCUGGGACACAGUACAGCAAGGGGUGAGUAGACAAAUAGUAGACAAAUAAGCUUAAUAUCUAAGUAAAAAUCUUGUCUAGAAAUUUUGUACAUUUAUUAUUUGAAGUUAAUAAAAAUUUUACUUAAAUUACACAAAUAAUUUAACCAAUAUAGGUUACAGAUACAUUUUAACACGAGGCAGAUAAUGAGUGUGUAGAGAAUUAUGUGGCGUCACAAGCUGAAACAUCAACGUAAUAAUGAAAAAUAUAUAUAGUAUAAUUCGGGCUUUUUCCGUUUCCAUUUCACUUCUAGACCUGUUUACUAAUGUUUAUUAUUUUCUUAUAUUUUUCAAGUUUGAGUGUUGCGGUGUUAACGGGGACCAAGACUCUCUGAAUUCCUGGUACAUAUAUCAACGAAGUGAAUGGUUCAACACGCAUGCCAACAGUAAGUGUUGCAUAUAGAAAUGUGUAUAAUAAAAUUUGUUGAUCACAGAAAAUUAAAUUUAUUAAAAUAUUUUAAUUUUGAUUUAUUAUUACCAUACAUCCUUGUUCAUAAGCUGACCCCUUCGAUUUGGUUGAGACGGCCUGAAAAGAUUGUGUAAGUAAAACAAUUAAAAAGUAAAAAACAUACAGUGGAAUGUAAAAAAAGAUAGUCACUUUGCAUGUCUAACCAUAUGAAAUAUUUCCAAAAAUUCAUGACUGCUUUUUGGGAAGAAAUAUGUGGUUGCCCUGUUGCAUGGAUGCGCUCUGCUGUAGAUAAAAAUUAACAAGCUUGUGGGUCAGGAUCUGAUACCAUUCUAAAAAAUAGAUUUCAACUGCUGCUACUAUAAUAUAAAUUAUGACAGUUUGGCAUUUCAUUAUUCAGUGUUAUUAUUUUUAAUACUUCACAUGCAAAGAUGACCAAGCCUUUGACUUGAGUAGUAGCAUUGACUUGAGCUGUAGUUUGAUUAAAGUGAAGGAGAGAUUUUCAAUUGGUCAGCCUCACUCUCUCGUCCUUGCUUAUCUGUUCCAAUGGCAAGACUUCGUCGAGGGUACUUGAAAUAGAUCAGGAUGCAGUGGAUGACCAACAAUGUGUCUUGUGUCUCACUGUGCUUUUAUGGGUUCCACUUCACUGUAGUUGUUGGAAUUUUCAUUGUGUCAAUGUCCUGCCACAUAUGGGACUCCAUCUCUGGGUUUGACUUCAGAGUUUACCUUCUCAUAGUCUUAGAUGAGUCACCAAUCCAAGUUUUACAAGUCCCAUCCACCCGGGGUGCUGUUGUUGUUUUUGCUUGUCUCGGCUUUUUUGGGGGGAUUGAACUCCAGUCCACAGGUUUGGGAUUCAAUCAGUUCAGACCGCUUGGCCACCCCGCACCUUUUAUUGAAUGUAGGUGCUUUACUACCAUCUAAGCACAUCCAAUGACGGCAAGAGCUAAAUGAGGACAAAACGUGUGACCCUAUUUGGUACAGGGUUUUGAGUUGACCUCAGCUAAUUACAUUUUUUGUCAUUGUUUUCGAUGAUUGAAUCAAUGAACAAGAGAAACUGAUAAAAAUCUACAAUGACCUGCUCAUUAUCCUGGAAAUAAUUCCCGAAGUCUGCUUUUGAAUGAGUGUGAAGGGAUUCCUCGCUUAUCAUGGGUUCACUUUUUGGGAUCUCAGUGUUUAGCAGAUAUUUUACUUGUAUUUUUGGACACUGAUUUUUGGAUAUUGUGCUGAAUUCUGCGGUAUAUAUGUAUUUUUAUAUACUCUUUAUUUUAAUUAAUAUUGUUAAAAAUAAACAAUAUAAAAACAUUAAUCAAAACAUUUUGAAGGAAUAUUAAAAUUCUGAUUAAAAUAUGUAGCCUAAAGCAGAUGAAUAGAUGAAGUUGCAAGUUAAAGAGUGCAGAAAGUGUUUAAGAACAUAGAAAGUGUUCAAGAGUGUAGAAAGUGCUGAAGAGCAAAGAAAGUGUUUAAGAGUGUAGAAAGUGUCUAAGAACAUAGGAAGUGUUUAAGAGUGUAGAGAGUGUUUAAGAACAUAGGAAGUGUUUAAGAGUGUAGAAAGUGUUUAAGAACAUAGGAAGUGUUUAAGAGUGUAUGAAGUGUUUAAGAGUGUAGAAAGUGUUUAAGAACAUAGGAAGUGUUUAAGAUUGUAGAAAGUGUUUAAGUACAUAAAAAGUGUUUAAGAGUGUAGAAAAUGUUUAAGUACACAGGAAGUGUUUAAGAGUGCAGAAAGUGUUUAAGAACAUAGGAAGUGUUUAAGAGUGUAGAAUGUUUAAGAACAUAGGAAGUGUUUAAGAGUGUAGAAAGUGUUUAAGUACAUAGGAAGUGUUUAAGAGUGUAGAAAGUGUUUAAGAACAUAGGAACUGUUCAAGAGUGUAGAAAGUGUUUAAGAACAUAGGAAGUGUUUAUAACAGUGUGGUAAAGAUUUUUAAGAGUGUUAGAAGGUUUAAUAAAUAUAUAAAUAAUAAAUUAAAUAUAAGACCACUACUUUUCAGAAUUUUCACCUAUCCCGGGUAGUUUUGCAACCUAACCCCGGCGAUAGACAUGGGAUUGCUGUAUAUGGCAACUUACAACUUUAAUCAUUAUGUUGCAAUAAGUUUUAUGAUGUACCAUUUCAGAUGGUAGUUAUGUGCCGGCUAGUUGCUGCAAAGACCAGGAGGUAAACAUUCUUCAGUGUACUGGUGUGUUAAAUUCAACAGUUGGUAGUCCACCCAGAUGGAAGCCUCCACUAUCUGAUGAUCCAUCCAAGAGAAACUAUACACUGUUCACAAAGGUGAGAAAUUCAAAAUAUAUUUCCCUGUUUUGUGAUAUUGUAUUAACUAGAAGUGUUUGUCAUUUAAAAGUGCAAAUGUGAUGCAUCUUUUAAAAUUGUACAAAUACAACAAAUAUAAUUAAUUAUUUUAGAAGAGUUGGGCACCUUGUUAAAAUUAUUGGUUUCAAUAGCGAUCCCCGAAGUUUUUAACUGUCCUCUAUUACUUGUCAUAUUUUAAUUUGUCCUGCCUGCUGAGGAAGACUCUAAGCCGAAACGUUCAUAUCUUAUUGUCCAGUCUUUUGAUUUCGAGCUUCCACAUACCUUGUUCUUCUUUUUCCUUCACACAGCUUGAAUGCUGUUUUACCAUUUCUCAUUUGUGUUCAGGGCUGCUUUGAUGCACUAGACCCGUACUUGCGACGUACAGGGAUUGUCAUUGGGACAACUGCCAUUGUUGUAGGACUUUUUAUGGUGAGUUUGUCCUUAUAUAUUUUAUCAUUUCAGGUGUCAUUAUGUUGUUUGAUUUAAUUUACAGAGCACCACCUAAGUUAGGGAGUGGGGGGAAGGCGGGGAGGGGGGGGCUGUCCACUCUGGUGGAACAUUUUUGUGGGGCAGCAUUUUAGUUGUACUACACAGAAACCAUGCUUUUUUGUUCAUGUUGUUUUUUCUCAUGCCCGUCAUUUAGAUUCAGAUUGUCCCUACCAGGGGUUGCCAGGUAGCAUUUUUAGGGAAAAGUGAUUUAACUGAUGGCUGCGGCUAUUCGGACCCGGUUCCGAGAAGUUAUAGAUUGGGUUUAUGAAAAAAUCUUUAAAAUUAUUGUAGGGCUUGUAAGACAAAAAUUUGGUAUCAAAUGAAAGAUAAAUGAAUGAACUAUAUGUUUGUAAACUUACUUCUUCAGUUUAACUAAAAUAAACUACCACAAAUGACAUCCGAAUAGCAUUGACACAAAAGGAACUGGAAACGCAUCACCGCUAUUCGACCCCGGGUCCCUUUAGACUCAAUGGUAUUCCGAUAUCAUUUGUGGUAGUUUAUUUUAGUUAAACUGAAGAAUUAAGUUUACAAACAUAUAGUCCAUUCAAUUAUCUUUCAUUUGAUACAAAAUUUUGUCUUAAAACCUAACAAUAAUAUUUUUUUAAAAUUUUAAUCUCAACCUCUCACUUCUCAGACCUGGGUCCGAAUAGCCACUUCGUUAACUGAUUAACGACCAUUAGCUGCAGGAAAUUAAUUAAAUACCACACGGAAAAGUUACAAUGUAAAAAAAAAAAUUUAUUAUUUGUCAUAUUUAUUGUAUUUUUGAGGGAAGCUAGCGAGUUUUUUUCAUGGCAAAUAGCAAUAAGAUGACUGGGUACCGAAAAAAAACAUACUGUAAAUAAGUUGGGGAUAUAUUUAUUCUAUUGCUGAUUCAUAUAAAUUUGGAAACCUUUUCUAAUUUGGUGUAGAUGCGUUUACAUAUUAUAUGAUUAACAUAAAAUUUUAAUGCUUUUCUCUCGUAAAUAAUGGGUUAACAAUAUUUUAAUAAAUUGUUGUAAAUUUAACUUUAAAAAUAUUCAUUUCCCUACAAAGUGGUGUAUUACUUAUACAAAUAUCUUAAUAAGUAGAAUAUUUAAUAUAUUUAUUUAUAUUUAUUGAUAAUAUUUAAUACAAAGAAAAAGGCAAAUGACUUCUUCGUACAUAGACUUGCAUGUGGGGAAAAUGUGACCUACAUUUAAUUCAGCCACACCGUUUUUUCACUCUGGUAGCUAAUGAGUUAACAACAAAAGAAUUUGACUUUUAAGUCACAAUAAAAGUGUUUAUAUGCACUAGUUAACUCUUCAGUAACAUUUAAAUUGGUGUCAGAAGUCAGAGGGUUUUUUUUGGGUGUCAUUUCCAAAGUUUAUUUAAAAUGAAUUUUAAUUUUUGCAGUGAUGCAAGACUUAGCAUAAACAUUUUUUUAAAGUGUGGGGGGAUGUGAGGCUAGUGAGUUUGUCAUUUUUCUAUAAUAUGCUGAUAUUUUUUCCGGACGUGGUUUGCUUUAUUAUUUUAUUAUCCUGUAGUACAAAUUAUGAUAUUUCAUUAAAUGCCAUCCAAUCCUGUUUUCUAUAUUGUCCAACAGCUGGUUGAAUUGGUCCUGUCCAUCUGCCUCUACAGAACUUUGCCAGAAAAGACAUAGAGAUAAAAUUUCCAGGCUUUGCUCUACCAAGGGAAAAGUUUGAAAACCAUCCAAUGGCCGGCUUUAAGAAUGGUAUUUACUGAUGGUAAAAAUGUUACAUUAAACUCUGAUGUAGCUAAGACUUUUGCCAUCAUUUAGUAUAGAGGGAACAUGACUCUCAUUUCUUAGCCACUGGUGUAAAGAAAAAAGGAAAUAGUAUUUGCCAUUAAUCUUAAUGCAGUAGCUCUAGUUAUUUAAUCUAAAUGAAAUUGUUCUAGUUAUUUAACUUUAAUGAAAUAGUUCUAGUUAUUUAACCUUAAAAGCCCUUUUUCUUCUAUUUGUAAAGUUCAUCUCACUGAGAAUUCCUGGCAUUUCCUCACAGGGUAAUAAGGGGAGAGACUGCAAUCAAGUUAGCACAAUAUAAAAUGAGUAAAACAGAGUAGGGUUAAACCUGAAA